AUGCUUGAUAUGCUCUCCGUGUCGAACUGGCAGAUUGGGGUAGUCAUCCUCGGUCUAUCAGGUGUCAUUGUCUACUCCCGCACAUUUCGCUCCCGUGCGUUACCCUUACCCCCUGGUCCGUCAGAGUCUCCUGGGCACUAUUCUCCCAGGAAGAUUGCUCAGUGGAUAGAAGAAUAUGGACCCAUCAUAUCUCUCAACGAUGGAAAAAAUGUACUAGUCAUCAUCGGACGUCACCAGGAAGCAGUUGACCUCAUGGAGAAGCAAGGCGCAUUCCUCGCAGACCGGCCUCGUUCGGUCGCUGGCGCUGACAUCCUUGGAAGAGGAAUGCGAUUCGUCCAAAUUGGCUCUGGCGAGAGGCUCCGCAAAUUUCGCAAAUCUUCGCAUGUGCACCUCCAAGUGAGGUCCGCUCAGUCUUACGAGCCGGUACAGGUCGCGCAUGCGCGCGAGAUUAUUCUGGACAUACUGCACGAACCGAAAUUGCACCAGCAGCACAUCAAGCGUUUUGCAGCAUCUGUAAUUUUGCGUGUCGUAUAUGGGAAAACAACCCCUACUUUGUUGAAUGACCCGUAUUUGCUACAGCUGCAAAAGAUGAUCCCAAGAAUCCAGAGCGCGAUGGUUCCAGGCGCAUACCUUGUUGACAAGUACCCCAUCCUCAAAUAUGUCCCUGGUUAUGGGCGAAAUCUGAAAGAGUGGAGCCGGCAAGAAUACAAUAUGUUAUUCAGCCAGCUAAACGAGGUUAAAAGUCAAAUGGGCAGCUACAUCGCCCCUCAUUCAGUUGCAAAGGAUCUCCUUCUACACGUGGAGGAGAACCAGCUGUCUGAGACGGAGAUAGCAUACCUCUCUGGGUCCCUCAUCGGAGCGGGUUCGGAUACGACUGCUGUCGCGAUUUCAACGGUUUUAAUGGCUGCUGCGCGUUUCCCACACGCACAAGCUCGUGUACAUGAGGAGCUAGAAGCCAUCAUUGACCGAGAGACUAUUCCUACGUUCGAAGACUGGUCGCAGCUUGUUCAGGUUCAAGCCUUCAUUCUGGAAGCUCUUCGAUGGAGGCCCGUCAAUCCGAUAGGCUUACCCCACCGCGCAACGAAAGAUAUCAUCUGGAACGGCAUGUGCAUUCCUGCUGGUGCUACUGUCUUCGGAAAUCAUUGGAGCAUCGCACGUGACCCCUCUGUCUACCACGAUCCCGAGGUAUUCGAUCCACAACGAUGGAUCGGUGCAGACGGAGAAAUCAAAGAGAAUAUGAAGCUGUUCACUUUUGGUUUUGGGAGACGUGCAUGCCCAGGGUUGCAUGUUGCUAACCGAUCAGUGUACAUUGCUGUCGCUCUUAUCCUCUGGUCCUUCACACUAGCAGAGGACCCUAGCGAUCCCAUCGACGACACCGCCUUUACCCCUGGCAUAGUAUCACACCAGAAGCCUUUCGGCCUGAUCUUCAAGCCUCGCAUGGAUGAAGCAUCAUUGACUAACAUCUUCUGUUCAAUCGCCGUAUAG